AUGUCCGAAUCUCAAACUCAAGAGUCAGUCGUCUGGACGUUAGAUAACUUAAUACCAAAAGAUUAUAACAAACACACAAUUCCUGUAAUUAAUGGCUCGCAGAUGACUAUAUCUAUUGGUAUUGAAGUCUUUGAUUUGGUUAGCGUUGUCGAGUCCGGACAGUAUUUUAUAAUGGAUUUUAAUUUUCAACAAAAAUGGAAAGACCACAGACUUGUGUUGCCUAUCAAUAUGCAAAGGGAUAGCAAUAUAAUACUGGACUCUUCGUGGGCGUCCAAGUUGUGGACUCCGGACACCUAUUUUAGCAAUGCUUUAGAAACAAAAAUUUUAAUGACGAGAAAUAAUAAAAGUGUUUCAUUGGAAUGGAAUUACUUCAAGAGUCCACCACUCGAUGAUAACCCAAAGUUUCGCUUAAGAGAUACCGACAUAGGAUUGUGUGAAAGACAAACACAUUUGGGAUAUUUUGGUUGUUUGACCGCAAAGAUUAAAUUAGUCCGAAGGGUCUCUUAUUAUGUAAUCCGUGUCUAUGGGCCCACAUUUCUCACUACCAUCUCAUCAUUCGUUGGCUUUUGGAUCCCGGUGUUAGCGUGGCCAGCUAGGGUGGCCCUAUUGGUGACUCCAUUGUUAACAUUAGUGACCCAGAAUAUAAAUGUGAAUUCCGAGAUCAAUGUGUCAUAUGUGGUGGCCCUCCACUGGUGGAUGAGUGUGUGUAUAUUCUUCGUGUUCAUGAGUCUAAUCGAGUUUGCAGUGGCCAUAUCGUGGGCGUGGAUGGCCAGCGAUCGGAAGGCACUCAGAGCCACUCAGGGGUUCACAGAAGUGCCCAAAACUGAUAACUACACGAAUAAGCGAGCGUUUUGUCACUGCGGAAGACUUGUUGGAAAUAUCUUAUAUUAUGUCUUCGGAAAUAUUGAUUUCACAAAAGAGCCGUUGAAUAGAAAUAAAGUGGAUUACGCCUCAAGAAUUAUAUUUCCCAAAUAG